ACACAAAGAUGAUGAUAGCUCUAUUCCAUUCCUUUGAGCUUAGCUCAUUACUUGUUACAAUCACCAUUCUUACAAUCGCUAUACUUUCUUUUCUUCUUUACUCGAGACAUGUUCGAAAACCCUAUCCCCCGGGUCCGAAAGGCUGGCCCGUGCUCGGCUGCAUCGCCAUGGCGAGCCGGCUAAGCCAUCACGGCCUAGCCAAGUUAGCCGCCCGAUACGGUGAUAUUGUCCACAUCCGGAUCGGCUUCCUCCAUGUGAUCUCAAUAACUGGCUCGAAUCUAGCUCAACAGGUCCUCCAAGUCCAAGAUCACAUAUUUUCGAACCGGCCAGCCAAUACGGCCGUAACCUACUUGACCUACGCCCGAUCCGAUUUGGCGUUCGCCCAUUACAACCCCUAUUGGCGACAAAUGCGCAAGCUAUGCGUAACGAAGCUAUUCAGCCCUAGACGAGUCGAGUCGUGGGAUUCCAUCCGGAUCGAAGUCGAUGAAAUGAUCACGGCCGUGGCUUCCAAGGCCGGCGCGGCUGUGAACAUCGGUGAGCUCGUGUUCAAGCUCACUCAAAGCAUCGUUUACCGCGCUGCUUUCGGGUCGAGCUUGCCGGAGGGCCAAGAUGAGUUCAUCAAGAUCUUGCAGGAGUUUUCGGAGCUAUUUGGAUCGUUUAAUCUUGCGGAUUUUUUCCCUGGAUUAGGAUGGGUCGAUCCGCGGGGGAUUAAGAGCCGGAUGCGCGAGGCUCGGGCUGCGCUCGAUCGGUUUAUCGACGCGGUUAUUGCCGAGCAUGAGGUGGGCAAAAAAGUCGAGAGUUGUAGGAGAGAUAUGGUGGAUGAGUUGCUGUCUAUUUGGAGUGAAGAUGACAAAGUUUUUGAGGAUGGAAAUGGUUCGAAAAGUUCAUUCAAACUAACGAGGAACAACAUCAAAGCUGUUAUUAUGGAUGUUAUGUUCGGCGGAACGGAGACGGUGGCUUCCGGCAUCGAAUGGACGCUAUCGGAGCUCUUAAGAAAUCCGCAACACCUCAAAACGGUACAACAAGAACUCGCCGAUGUAGUCGGCCAAGAUCGCCAAGUCGAGGAGGCUGACUUCAAGAACCUACCCUAUCUCAAUUGUUGCAUAAAAGAGGCCCUCCGGCUCCACCCCCCGAUCCCGAUUCUCCUCCACGAGACCGCCGUCGCCGCCACCGUCGACGGCUACCACAUCCCCAAAAGAUCGCGCGUCAUGAUCAACGUAUGGGCCAUUAGCCGCGACGAGAGGGUGUGGGAAGAUCCCGAGGAGUUCAAGCCCGAGCGGUUUCUCAAAGACGGGGCGCCGGAUUUUAAUGGACGGCACUUUGAGUUUAUUACAUUCGGGUCGGGUCGUAGGUCCUGUCCUGGGAUGCAAUUAGGGCUUUUUGCCGUGGAGAUGGCGGUGGCGCGCCUACUCCACGGAUUUUCUUGGGAAUUGCCCGAUGGAAUGUCGCCGGAGAAGAUGGAUAUGGGCGAUGUGUUUGGGCUCGCCGCCACUCGCUCCCGCCGCCUCGUGGCGGUGCCGAAUCCGCGCCUUUAAAAUGUCAUCUAGAUUAUAUAUUGCUCCCUCAGGCCUAAAUCAUCUUUACGUUUUAUUUAAGUCUGUCCGUCAAAUUUAUGCUUGUAUUAUAUUCUCUCCCUCCUAAAACAAUAGUCUCAUUUGCUAUUUACGUCUAUUCCAAAACAAUAGUCU